UUUCCCUCUCACUCGUUAAUACUUUUAGCCGAACGAAGAAACAUUAGUCACAGUGUGAAAACCCCCAAAAUCGAUCAGAUGCAAGAUUUCUUCGGCUCCGUUCGCCGAUCUCUCGUCUUCCGUCCUCCCGGCGAUGAAGACAACCAGGAGAAUCAGCCUCCGUUCCCCGGCGCUCUCGCCGAUAAGAUCACCUCCUGCAUCCGCAAAUCCAGGGCUCUCAUCAAACCCUCCUCCUCUCCCCCGCCGCCUCCAACCGCCGCAGAUACUCCACCUCCGAUUUUGUGGAGGAAAGGUCAGUUAAUCGGUCGCGGCGCGUUCGGUACGGUGUACAUGGGGAUGAAUCUCGAUUCCGGGGAGCUUCUCGCCGUCAAACAGGUUCUGAUUGCAUCCAAUUAUGCUUCCAAGGAAAAAACUCAGGCUCAUAUUCAGGAGCUUGAAGAAGAAGUUAAGCUUCUCAAAAACCUCUCUCAUCCUAAUAUAGUUAGAUAUUUGGGCACAGUUAGGGAAGAUGACACUCUGAAUAUCCUUCUCGAGUUUGUUCCCGGUGGAUCUAUAUCUUCGCUCUUGGAGAAAUUCGGUCCUUUUCCUGAAUCAGUUGUACGGACAUACACAAAACAGCUGCUUGUUGGGUUGGAGUACCUUCACAAUCAUGCAAUUAUGCACAGAGACAUUAAGGGGGCUAAUAUCCUCGUGGAUAACAAAGGAUGCAUUAAACUUGCUGAUUUUGGUGCAUCCAAACAAGUAGCUGAGUUGGCUACAAUUUCUGGUGCAAAAUCUAUGAAAGGGACACCCUAUUGGAUGGCUCCGGAAGUUAUUCUUCAAACUGGACAUAGCUUCUCGGCUGAUAUAUGGAGCGUGGGCUGUACAGUUAUUGAAAUGGUUACUGGAAAGGCUCCUUGGAGUCAGCAGUAUAAAGAGGUUGCUGCUAUCUUCUUCAUCGGAACAACAAAAUCCCAUCCUCCAAUACCUGAUACUCUCUCCUCUGAUGCAAAAGACUUUCUGCUUAAGUGUCUACAGGAGGAACCAAAAAUGCGGCCAACGGCAUCUGAGCUACUAAAGCAUCCCUUUGUAACGGGAGAACACAAGCAAUCUGCUUCAACUGAUCUUGGUUCUGUCAUGAAUAAUGGUAGUACUUCUACACUAUCACAGUUAACUAACACUAAGUGCUCUCCAAAUUCUACAUGCAACGAUGUAGGAGACAUGUGUAACUUGGGCAGUCUGAACUAUUCACUUGCAUCUCCUUUGAAAUCAAUCCAAAACAACAAUUUCUGGCAACAAAAUGAUAAUGGAGGGGAGGAAGACGAUAUGUGUUUGAUUGAUGAUGACAAUUUUUUGACACUUAAUGGAGGAGAGACAGGACCUAUCCUUGAAAAUAAUAGUGAUAUGAAGAAGAGCUGUGAUGCCACAAGUGAUAUGUCCAAUGCUUUGAACCCCAAAUUUGACGAAAGUCCAUGUAAUGGAGUGAAAGAGACGAAAAUGAGCAUGGAAGUUGACCAACCUUCAUACUCAGAAGAUGACGAGGAGCUGACGGAAUCAAGAAUUAAAGCUUUCUUAGAUGAAAAGGCUGCAGACCUGAAGAAGUUACAGACGCCUCUAUAUGAAGAAUACUACAACAAUUUGAUCACAUGCUCUCCCAGUGGCAUGGAGAGUAACGUAAGUAGCAGUAGAAGAGAGGACACUGCUCGUGGUUUCCUGAAACUGCCUCCAAAAAGCAGGUCACCGAGUCGGGGUCCUCUUGGUGGUUCACCCUCGAGAGCAACAGACACAGUUACUUGUACUAAGAGCCCAGGAAGUGGAAGUAGUCGUGAAGUGAUUAUGAACGAUGGGGGUGAUGAAGCUUCGCAGGAUGGUGUACCAGCCCGAGUCAGUGACUGGAGGGGCCUUAUUGUUGACACUGAACAGGAAUCAAAGAGCCAGAGUGCUGCUUUGUCGGAGAUAGAGAAGAAGUGGAAGGAAGAGCUUGAUCAAGAACUAGAAAGAAAGCGACAAGAGAUCAUGCGCCAGGCAGGGACGGGAUCAUCCCCAAGAGACAGAAGCUUGAGCCGACACAGAGAGAAAUCGAGGUUUGCAUCUCCAGGAAAAUGACAUGUACAAAAAGCUCCAUGUCUCUCCUGCUAUAAUUUUACGGGUAAGACUUGCCAGAAACAGGCCCAGAUGGUCUUGAUCCUCGGCUUUCGAUUUUUCAUUGCUCAACUAGUAUAUAUAUAUAUGUGUAUGUGACUCUUGUUUUGAAGUAGACUUGAGGUUUGGUCUGAAUAUAUGAUUCUGAAAUGCUCUUUAAAUGUACUAGAUCUGUGUAAUCUGAAGAGUGUUGGGUGCAUAUUAUAGAGAGCUGUUCCAUUUA